GUACCCCAGGUGGAUUACUGUAGCUCUCAACAAUGCGAACCGGGGCUUCAAGGAAACAAGGGAUGCCAACACUAUGGUUACUGUAGCCCCAAGGAGAAAGUUUGUUGUCUAGGCAAGCACUAUGGACAAUGCAAAAGAAUUGGAAGUCGUGCGAUUCGACUACAGCAAAACUGCAAAAACGAUGAGGAGUGUGGAAUGGGAGUUUAUUGUGAUAGGAGUAUGAAGAUUUGUUGUACAGACAAAACUAAAGACACUGAAAUCAUUCCACUUUACUUCCCAUUUACCACACAACGAAAAUGCUCCGAUUACGAUGCUCCGCCAUUACGCAACGUGUUUUGCAGGAGAGACAUUGGAAAAUGGGCGAUUUUGGGUGAAUUUCGAGUUAAUGGAACCGAAAAUGUGGUCCCUGAGAGAUACUGUACGAGGAAUAUUGACUGCUCCCCUUCCACCGUCUGUGUCCUAGUCUCCGAUGCGAUUGGUUUAUGUUAUGAGGACCCGAUGAAAUCACCAUCCACCAUCGAUUUUCUGGAUACUUAUUGGCUAACUUUUUAUUGCAUCCUGCCAACCGCUGGACUCAUUUAUGGAUGCAUGAUUUUGAUCCAUAAGAAUUCGAAUUUGGAACUACUAAAAAUGACCAAAUUUCUGUACUUCCUAUUUGUUUUCAUACACAUUUCUGAAGAGUUGAAAAUCUGGCAUAAAUCGGAUCUUCCACAAUUUAGGUCUAAACAAGUAAAUAUCCCUGCUACUAAAGGCAUAGUGAACUGGAAGAGGAGUUUGGCGUUCGAGAAAGUGACCAAGGAUAGAAAUGUGUUUUGUAGGAUCUACGGUCUCUGUGCCCAUUACUCAUUUGGAAUCACGCUUCUGAAUGUUCUGGCAAAAUGGAAGGACCGAGGAAUGAUCUACCCAUACAAGAAGUUUGAUGGAGCCCCAGAUUCGAACUUGCCGAGAGAAAAGUUGGAGAGUUUUGUUCGUAAGUAG